AUGACAACAAAACCAGUGCUCCCGCCAACGCCGGAAUCGACCUCAACUCCUUCACUUCCUGAUGAUUUGCUGAUAACUUGCAUCGCACCUGUCCCGAGAUUGUACUACCCGAUUCUGUCCCUUGUCUCCAAGAGCUUUCGAUCUCUCAUUGUCUCACCGGAGCUUUACAAAACCCGAGCCCUCCUUGGCCAAACCGAGAGUUGUCUCUAUGUGUGCUUACGGUCCUCUCACGACACUAAGCCUAGAUGGUUCACUCUCUGUCGGAUACCUGACCGAAACAAGUACUCAAGUGGAAUUCUUUUGGCCCCAAUCUCAUCUCCCGAUUCUCCUCAUGCGCAAUCGUGGAGAAAUCACGUAGCUGUUGGUUCGAAUAUCUACCAAAUUGGUGGGGACGUGCAUUCUUCUUCUAAAGUCUCUGUCUUGGAUUGCAAGUCUCACACAUGGCACGAGGCUCCAAGCAUGGAGGUGGUCAGGAACUCCUCCUCCACGGUUAGUUUACUUGAAGGGAAGAUAUACGUAGCAGGAGGUUGUGAGGAUCACGAUAGCGCAAAUUAUGUUGAAGCGUUUGAUCCAAAAACUCAAACUUGGAGCUCUGUGGCGAGCCCUAGAACGGUGAAACGAUAUAAUGGAGGUUCCUACAAAAGCUUAGGACUUGAUGGAAAAUUGUUCUUGUGCAGGGAUGACUACUGGCCCAGCGUUUACAAUCUCAAGGAAGGUAGAUGGAACCCGGUAAAAUCUAAUACACUUUUUAGGAUAUUCAUUUUUGCAGCAUACUGCGUGAUAGACAAUGUCUUGUUCUUUUGGGAUGGUGGACGGCUCAAAUGGUAUGACUAUAAGAAAGAUAUAUCGAAGAGUUUGAAAUGUGUUGAAGGCUUGCCAGAUUUUGACCACUCUUGGGGUUGUAGAAAGGUGGUGGAUAACGGUGGAAAGAUGGUGGUUUUGUGGGAUAAGUGGGAUUGCUGUCAAAAUAAUAGAAUGAUUUGGUGUGCGGAGAUUGCGCUUGAAAGAUGCAAUGAAGAUGAGAUCUGUGGAAAGGUUGAGUGGUUUGAUUUUGUUCUUAGAGUCCCCGGGUCCUGUCACAUUGUUUGA